AAGCUCCCGAAUGGCUUUAAUUAUGCGCUUCGAAGAAUUUCUACAUUUGCCUAAUUUUUUCUAUCGUUGUGUGGGCCUUGUACUGUGGGGUCCAAGUGGCGGUCUGUGGCAACGUUUAUUCUUUCAUUUUUCCGUACACAACCUAUUCUUAACUUUCCUCGCCGAACUAUACUUCAUCGUGGUAACAUUCAAAACUGAUCUCAUCGAAGCCACCAUGAGCCUUUCCUAUGCCUCUUAUGUCGCUGUUGCUUUGGUGAAGUACUAUUACAUGCUACGCAGAAAGAAGAAUAUGAUCAUAUUUUUACAACGCCUAGAAGUCAUUUUCCCACGCACCAAAUUACAGCAAGAAAAUUUACGUCUGAGCCAUUAUCUGCAAUUGAGCAAAUUCGUGACGAAAAGUUACACAGCCAUGUAUAUGGUGCUCAUAUCGAUCUACAAUCUCUACGCAAUUGGGACUCGUUUGAUCUAUACGAAUUGGUUGCACGUGAAUGUUAUUGAUCCAACCUUGCCCUAUAGUGCAUCCUAUCCGUGGAAUUGGCACGAUCAUUGGAGCUACUAUGUUUUGUAUGUGUCACAAGGUUUGGCUGGCUGGCAUGCGACUUGCACACAGAUGGCGCUCGACUUAUUGCUCUGCACAUCGGCUACGCAAUUGAUAAUGCAUUACGAUUACAUUUCACUUAGCCUGGAGAAGUAUAAGUCGAAAUACGCCGAGGUAUAUGCACUGGAUGUACCGCAGAGAGUUCGCGUGGUUAUGGGGCUGAAAGCAUUUCGUGAGGAUAUGCAGUAUAUUUCGGGUAUCGUGGCUUAUCAUGCGGAAUUGUUGAGCUUGUCACAGCUCUUGAACGAAUUGUUUGGCGUGCCACUGCUUGUCAAUUUGUUUACCUCAUCGGCGCUUAUUUGUUUCCUCGGCUUUCAGUUGUCAGUUACCCGACAACUUGACUUGCUCAUCAAGCUUGCACUCUUCUUUUUCGGCUCCAUAUUACAGGUCUAUCUUAUCUGCCAUUUUGGGCAGUUGCUAAUUGAUUCGAGCACAAAUGUGGUAAAUGCUGUAUACUUUCACGACUGGAUUCAUGCUGAUAUUCGCUACCAAAAAAUGCUUAUAUUGAUAGCUAAGCGCGCACAGAGACCAGCCAUUUUAAAUGCAACAAGUUUUAUAAGCGUUUCGCGUGGCACCAUGACCGAUAUAAUACAGUUAUCUUAUAGAAUCUUCGCACUCAUACGAACUAUGUACAACGAAUGAAAUGGGCACGAGAUUGAUAAAGCAACAUGCUCAUAUAAAUAUAUAUUUCAAUGUACCUAAUAUAUGUAGAUAGACCCUAUUAUCAAAAAGUACCGGGAAUGUUUAAUUUAAACGAACCGCGCACGUGGGAACCGGCCCAUAUUUUUUUCUUAUGUUGGCAGUAUUGUAAGACACACAUCUGUCACUUUUUAGCGCUAUCGGACCAUUUGAGAGAUGAUGUACGUUGCAAACGGCCGGAAAUGUGAACAAACAAUUCUUGGAUUUUGCAUGAUUAUAACGCGCCCUCGCACGGAGCCCAAAUUGUGCUGGAUUAUUUGACGAAACAGCAAGUAAAUGCCACCGUGCAAGCACCGUAUUCACCUGAGAAGAGAUUUCAGUCGAUAGAGGAGAUCAAAGAGGCCUACCAGGGGUGCAUGGAGGUCUGGGUUAAACAUUGGCAUAUGUGUGUUGCUUCAGGCGAGUCAUAUUUUAAAAGAGAU